GCGCGGCGCCCUCGCUCCCCCUCCCCUCGGCCCUAGGGCCGCGCGGCCCGCGCCGCUCCGAGAAGAUGGCGCUGCACUUUCAGAAUUUGGCCGAAUUGGAAGCAUUGUGUACUCAUCUCUACGUAGGGACUGAUCUCACAGAAAGAAUAGAGGCUGAGAAAGCACUCUUGGAACUGAUUGACAGCCCAGAAUGUCUCAGCAAGUGUCAACUUUUAUUAGAACAAGGAACAACAUCCUAUGCUCAGCUCCUUGCAGCAACAUGUCUUUCAAAACUUGUUACCCGAAUCAAUCCUUUACCUGUAGAACAGAGGAUAGACAUCAGAAACUACAUUCUGAAUUAUGUGGCAUCGCAACCUAAGCUGGCUCCCUUUGUCAUUCAAGCUCUUAUUCAAGUCAUUGCUAAAAUCACUAAGCUGGGGUGGUUUGAAGUUCAGAAAGACGAGUUUGUUUUCAGAGACAUAAUUGCUGAUGUGAAGAGAUUCCUUCAGGGUACUGUGGAACACUGCAUGAUAGGAGUGAUGAUCCUUUCUGAAUUGACUCAGGAGAUGAACCUGGUUGAUUAUUCCAGACCUUCAGCAAAACAUAGGAAAGUAGCUACCUCAUUCCGUGAUACUUCACUAAAAGACAUCCUAGUGUUAGCGUGUUCGCUCCUGAAGCAGGUGUUGGCCAAACCUUUAAAUCUUCAGGAUCAAGAUCAACAAAAUCUGGUGAUGCAAGUCUUAAAACUGGUUCUCAACUGCCUGAGUUUUGAUUUCAUUGGAAGUUCAGCAGACGAAUCUGCAGAUGAUCUUUGCACAGUGCAGAUUCCGACAACUUGGAGAACAAUUAUCCUGGAACCAGAAACACUGGAUCUUUUCUUCAAUUUGUAUCACUCGCUCCCACCACUACUGUCUCAGUUAGCACUUUCAUGCUUAGUUCAGUUUGCUUCUACAAGAAGAUCUUUAUUUAGCAGUCCUGAACGUGCCAAAUACCUUGGUAACUUAAUUAGAGGAGUAAAAAGGAUACUUGAAAACCCCCAGGGUUUGUCUGAUCCUGGUAAUUAUCAUGAAUUUUGUCGAUUUUUGGCUCGUUUAAAGACAAACUAUCAGCUGGGAGAAUUAGUUUUGGUGAAGGAGUAUGCUGAAGUUAUUGGAUUGAUUGCUAAUUUUACUAUUACUAGCCUCCAGCAUUGGGAGUUUGCCCCCAACAGUGUUCAUUACUUACUAACUCUGUGGCAGAGAAUGGUAGCAUCGGUUCCUUUUGUGAAAUCAGCUGAACCCCACUUGUUAGACACUUAUGCACCUGAAAUCACCAAGGCUUUUAUCACUUCCCGAUUGGAAUCUGUUGCCAUUGUUGUGAGAGAUAACUUAGAUGACCCCCUGGAUGAUACUGCUACCGUGUUCCAGCAGCUGGAGCAGCUGUGCACAGUCAGCAGAUGUGAAUAUGAAAAGACGUGUACUCUUCUUGUGCAGCUGUUUGACCAAAAUGUGCAGAAUUAUCAAAAGCUCCUGCAUUCGGCUUCUGGGCUAGCUGUUGAUAUGGCGAUUCAAGAAGGACGUCUUGCAUGGCUGAUAUACUUAGUUGGCACAGUUGUAGCGGGGAGAUUAACAUAUACCAGUACAGAUGAGCACGAUGCUAUGGAUGGAGAAUUAUCCUGCCGCGUUUUUCAGCUUAUAUCUUUAAUGGAUACCAGAUUGCCUCACCGCGCCAAUGAAAAAAUUGAGCUUGCAAUUCUCUGGUUUUUGGAUCAGUUUCGUAAAACAUAUGUUGGUGAUCAGCUUCAAAGAACCUCAAAGGUGUAUGCCCGUAUGUCAGAAGUCUUAGGAAUAACAGAUGACAGCCAUGUUCUAGAAACAUUCAUGACAAAAAUUGUUACAAACCUUAAGUACUGGGGAAGAUGUGAGCCUGUAAUUUCAAGGACUCUUCAAUUCCUAAAUGACCUUUCAGUUGGCUAUAUCCUUUUAAAAAAACUUGUGAAAAUAGAUGCUGUGAAAUUCAUGCUAAAAAACCACACGAGUGAACACUUUCCAUUUCUUGGCAUCGGUGAUACUUACAGUCUCAGUGACUUCAGGUGCCGAACAACUUUCUACACAGCCCUCACUCGCCUUCUGAUGGUAGACCUAGGUGAAGAUGAGGAUGAAUUUGAGAAUUUUAUGCUGCCUCUCACGGUCUCCUUUGAAACAGUUUUGCAAAUAUUUAACAACAACUUUAAACAAGAAGAAGUAAAGCGUAUGUUGAUCGGGCUGGCGAGAGAUCUUCGAGGGAUUGCCUUUGCACUGAACACAAAGACCAGCUACACCAUGCUGUUUGACUGGAUGUAUCCAGCCUAUCUUCCAGUUCUUCAGAGAGCUAUUGAGCGAUGGUAUGGAGAACCAGCAUGUACUACUCCUAUCUUAAAACUUUUAGCAGAACUGAUGCAAAACAGGUCUCAGCGUUUGAAUUUUGAUGUAUCCUCUCCUAAUGGAAUUCUUCUCUUCAGAGAAGCAAGCAAAAUGAUUUGCACUUAUGGAAAUCAGAUCCUGUCUCUUGGGAAUCUCUCAAAAGAUCAGAUUUAUCCAAUGAAACUCAAGGGCAUAUCCAUCUGCUAUUCAGCUCUCAAAUCUGCCUUAUGUGGAAAUUAUGUCAGCUUUGGCGUCUUCAAGUUGUACGGGGACAACCAUUUUGACAAUGUACUCCAGGCCUUCGUGAAAAUGCUGCUGUCAGUGUCCCACAGUGACUUGCUGCAAUAUCGGAAACUGAGCCAGUCCUAUUAUCCCCUCCUGGAAUGUCUCACCCAGGACCACAUGAGCUUCAUCACCAACUUGGAGCCCCCUGUGCUCCUGUAUCUUCUCACAUCUCUCUCAGAGGGGCUCACCACUCUUGAUACAGUCAUCUCCUCCAGCUGCUGUACAAGUUUAGACUACAUGGUCACCUACCUCUUCAAGCACAUAGCAAAGGAGGGCAAGAAGCCGCUUCGCUGCAGAGAGUCUGUGCAGGCUGGCCAGAGGCUGCUACACUUUAUGCAACAAAACCCAGAUGUGCUACAGCAGAUGAUGUCUGUCCUUAUGAAUACCAUUGUCUUUGAAGACUGUCGGAACCAGUGGUCAGUAUCUAGGCCUCUCCUAGGUCUCAUCUUGCUCAAUGAGAAGUAUUUCAGUGAACUGAGAGCAAGCCUGAUCAACAGCCAGCCUCUGCCCAAGCAGGAAGUCCUUGCCCAGUGUUUCAGGAACUUGAUGGAAGGAGUGGAACAGAACCUGUCUGUCAAGAACAGAGACAGGUUUACACAGAACCUCUCCAUCUUUAGAAGAGAUGUGGCAGAGGCACUGCGUAGUGACAGCCAAGCUGAGCUCUGCAGCCUGGACAUGAUGAGCUGACCCGGCUCCCGAGCAUGCGCUGUGCAGCUUCUGUCAAGAGACUCAGAGUCCGCGUCUGUGAUGCUGGCGCCCAGAGAAUGUGUUCUCAGAACAAGCAACAAAGCCCUACAUUUUUAUAAGUCUGACCUAAUUAUAGAAACUCAUAAUAGUGCGCAUACAGUGUAAAUUAAGUAUGCAAAGCAGAACGUGUUUUUAGUCUGCCUGGGUUCCCACAAUGCUGAGAGGUCUAGAAACUUUAUUUAACCAAAGAAUAUAAUAAACAAGUCUAGUACCCAGUUGUGGCUCUGAGAUCAAGGUUGUCGGUUUGAAGAUACAGCCCACAGUGUGGGUCCUGGAUUGAGACAAUUGCCAUUUGAACCUGUUGAAUUGGUAGUUUUUACAUCUGGAAAACACUACAUUAGGGACUCUGGGCUGUGGGCAUUUAGAGGGAGCCUGGGUUUGCUAUAAAGCCUCCCCCAGGACUGCACAUCGGCCUCUCUGCCUCAGCAGCAUCUGAUAAAGUUGAGAGACAGUAACACAAUUAAAUGACUUACAAACAAUGUUUGCUUUCCACUGGCAUAAAUCUGAAGUGGUUCCAUCUAGAAGAAUUAAGCCGUGUGCUUGCUGCCUGCAGAAAGAUGUCUUUAGGGCUCUGGAGGCCUCAGUAAGAAGUUCUGGGUGUUCCAGGACCUGGUCCUUUUGGCCCCAUUUGAUCUGAAGAGGAGCUGAAGGUGGCAUGUAGUGUUUGAAGCAGCUCUGCCUUCAGUUCAGGUGCAGGCUGUCAGUUCCCAGAGGACAGAGUUGCCUUCCAUCUUCAAUACUCUUAACCACUGUUGGAUUGUGACUUCAUCCAAACACAGGAAAUGGGGGCCUUUUCAGUCUGUGACCUGCCGUAACUAAGCUAUUAAUUUGACAUUGCCACUGUCAAGCGGGCCUCCUAUCUUACUGCUCUGUCCUCGUGGUUCAGGCUUGCAAUAAACACUGUGCCCAUUAUUUCUGAUAAGACAUGAAAGGUUGGCCUCACUGUUGCAGGGAAGAAAUCCACAGGCUCUUCUUGUAAUCUCGUUUCUCAGACAGUGUUGCUUCAAACCUUUCUUGAUAGUUGCGUUUGCAACAGGCUUGUCAUAUAAAAUUGAGUCACCUAAGUUUAUCUUAAAGUGUUUGUCUUCUGUGUGCAGAAGGGAGUCAGAGGACAUUAUGGUCUGGAUGAGACUGCUUGUGGUCUUUAAUGGCAAAGAGCCUGAACCUUCUCCACCCCACUCCAUUAGGAAUGGAACUUCCUAGAGAAGAUAAGUCCUAGACUUUGGAACAUCAGCUUUCAAAGGAGCUUGACAAGAAUUUCUCUUUGGUUUUUGUUUGGUUUUUAAUUUGUUUAGUUUUGGUUUUUUGAGACAGAGCCUCGCUGUGUAGCCCAGGCUAGCCUGGAACACACUGUGAUUCUUCUGCUACAGCCUCUUCAGUGGAGGUUGACCGGUGUGGGCCACAAUGCCUGGCUUCUUUUGUUUGGGGUGUUUGGGGCUGGGUGGUUAUUACUGCACCUCAUUCCACAAACACGCUGCUAACCCCGUCCGAGCGCUGUUUCUUUACAAA